GGAAACAUCAAGACGGUAGUCGGGAGAGGAGCUGGUGUCCUGUGUUGAUCUCAUUGGCCGUUCAUCGAUGCAUCCAUGUCUGGCGUGAGAUCUGUGGUGCGCCGCAUGAGGUCGGUGAAGGCUCCGCAACGACGCCCCGGCAGCCCUCUGCACAUGUACAAGAGGGUGCCGAUGAUGGUACGGAGAGAGCGAGAGAGCGAUGCACAGAUAUAUGGAUGGGUCUGUGUGAGUGCUUUUGUUUGUGGCUGCAUGGUUGCAGAAUAAGCUGGAGUCGACUGCAGACAGCUUUGUGGCCGACGUGCAGUACAGGAGAGACCACAAGACGCUGUUCCUCGGGUGAGUGCAUGCCCUCAUCCAUCCAUCCAUCCGCAGCACUCAUUCGUGUGUGGGUGUGUGUCCGUCUGUCUGUCUGUGUUGGUGUGCAGAGAUAAGAACAUCACCUUUGCCGUCGGUGAGUGAGCAGCCGACUGCUGCAUGACAGGCUGGUGUCACCUCGUUUCGCUGCGCCUGUGUGCUCCAUGCAGCACUGAUGCGCGCAUUGCCCAGCGUGAAGCUCGUCGUCGGCAGUGAGCAGGGGAGAGAGAGACCCAGCCGCCCCUCACACACACUGCUUUGUGUGUGUGUGGUACGUUGAUUAGUGAGCUGUCCGGCUGACAAGGUGGAUGGGGGUGGUGUGGAGUGUCUGGAGGGUGGGGGUGCGGUGGUGCUGACGUCGGUCGACCACCUGAGGCUGCAGAACCACUUCAGGUCGCUCGAUCGGGUCAUGCUCAACUUCCCACUCGCUCGGUCGGCCGGGCGGUCGGCACACACACAGCGUUCAUUCAUCCAUUCAUCUGUGUCGUGUUUCUAUGCAUGUGCAGCGAUGUUGAGCCGCCGGCUCACUUGCACGAGGAGGGCAAGCAGCUACCCAUGAACCUCAACUACCGAGUGAGCAACAGACACACACACACACACACACAAAGAGGAUUCCCGCAUCGACAUCUCGGCCUGUCUGUCUGUGUGUAUCAUCAGUUGAGGUUAUGGCUGCCUCAGUUCUUCAGGCAGGCCGCCACGGUGCUCAAGGGCGGCGGGGAGCUCCACCUGCGGCUGUCGGAGAAAAACAUCGACCACUGGUGGCUGUCCGACGACCAACACACCGCUGGACUCCAGGCACGCUCACACACGCGCGCUCGCGCAAACACUGUCACCCACCGCAGACGGCAUCUCUCCCGCUCUGUCUGUGUGCGUGUCAGCUCCGUGACCGUGUGGACUUCGGUCCUGCGUUGCCGGUCUACGAGGAGCAUGGCUACGAGAGCCGGGGGGAGCCACGCCGCAAACUAUCCACACUUGUGUAUGUCAAAUCAGCACCAAGCACCACCACCACCAGCACCACCAGCAGCAGCGAAGCCAGAGACAAGGCAGCACGAGAGAGUCCACUACGAACCCGAAAGAAAGGUGACUCGUUUGAUGCAUAUGCCGGUGCUGCUGAUAGUCAUGGUGGUGGUGGGGUGCGGGGGAGAGGGCGAGGCAAACCAUAUGGUGCAGGCAGGGGCAGGGCAGAGAGGGGAGAGAAAGAGGGUGAGAGUGAGAGAGAAUCUGACGGGCGGCCAACGCGAGGUCGGCGGAGAAAGAGGACGCUUGCCAUGAGUGAAUAGAUGAAGUGUAUAAUGAAGUGUGGGUGCUUUCCAUGCCCUGACAGGCAGACAGAUAGAUGCAUCCGAUCACAGUCAACUCACGCAGAUUGAUUGAAACGUCUUCAUGAAAGCAUGAAUGUUUGUAGUGUCGCCACGACGUGGAUGCGCUCAGUCGCAUCACAACUCACACACGGACCAUCC